AUGGAGCGGCCUUUUUCAACCUCCAAAGUCACCGUCGAGUACUUCGAUCCCCACGACGUCUACAAGCUCGUGGCCCCAGGCCUCGUCCCCCGACUACCCCUUCGAAACCUGCAUUGGCAGUCGCAUGCCGGCCCUCUGCGAUCCAUCGAUACUCUCCACGUUGAGCUCACACCCGCUGGCGGAGAGCCCGCUGCCCCAGCCUCGCCAACCGCUUCCCCCUCACUAAGCCGCUCUGUCAGUGCUAGCACCAGGGACGAUGGCUUUCAGACACAGUCAAUUGGAGGCAAUAGCGCAUCAUCGGAUACUACCGACACGCCGACAGUAGCGGCGCGACAGCCCAGCAAGGAACGACGCCAUCAGAUUCCAGGCCUGAGACGGACACCCUACCUCAAGGUCCUGCUGGUUCGAUGCGACGAUAGUGACACGUACAAGUCUCAGACGAGAGCCGAAAUUCGAGAGUGGAUCAAAAAGAACACACCGCCCUCGCAGUCGACGCGGAAGCUGAACACGCAAGAAAACCAUGACGCCUUUGAGUUCCUCAUCGUUCACGUUGUGAUACCUAAUACCUUUGCAGCAAACCAGCCCAGAGUCAGUGGCAAGGGGCCCGAUGCUGCCGAAAAAUCGAGGACAUCAAGAUGGGGUUCUGGCUCCUCGACGCUCCUGGAGAAGCUCCGCUCUGACUUCAACAGUUCCAGCAAGGGCGCGAUUGACCGUGUUGCCCAGAUCCGGAUCGGCAUCAACGAUGUGCCUUAUGACGUUCUUCCUCGGGUGGUGCCUGCCACCCCCACCGGCUACACCGAGUCGCGGCAGGAUGCCGAAAAUGCCUGGGAGGAUUUGAUUGGCAAAUUCAAGGAGCUGAUUCUGUCGUCCUUUGACAUGAGGGUGUCUCAGUACGAAGAGGACAUCAAGGAGAAAGACGCCCAGCGCGUUCUCCCAGGCUGGAACUUCUGUACCUUUUUCAUUCUAAAGGAGGGGCUGGCGCGUGGCUUUGAGAGCGUAGGCUUGGUCGAAGAUGCUCUCGUCGGCUAUGACGAGCUCAGCGUUGGUCUCGACACAGUCAUUCAGGAACAAGCCACAUCAGGGGACCCUCAGACGCACGGUGGAUCACUACUCAGUCAUACCGAGGACUUAGUGAAGCGUGCUGAAGCCGCCAUCGCCGAAUUGGGCGCCGAAGAUGGAUCUAUGGAAGAUGAGCAGCCUGUUGACCUUCAGGCGACUGAAGCCCCUCAAAACAAUAAAUUUGACGACAUCCCCAUCAGUUCUACGAAGAAGCCGUAUCGCGAGAUGAUCGUUGCCAACAACGUUUCGGUCUAUGACUUCCGCUGUUACAUCUUCGCAAGACAGAUAUCUCUGUUGCUUCGCCUGGGCAACGCCUGGUCCACUAGAGAGGAGCUCCUGGCAAAGCUUAGGGAGCAACAAGAGUCAGUGCUUCAUGGUGUUGCUCCACGAGCUCCGCCUCCUAAGCAGACAGAAGAGGCUGAGAACCUCUCAAUGCUAGCCGAGAUCUGCCGCAGGACAUUGGAAUUCGUCCCUGCUGUUUCGCAAGUAAUGAGGGCAGACAUCUUGGCGGCACUGAAGAACAAGCUCACAGAAGAGGACUCUCCCAUCCUCAACCCCGUUCUGGCCGAGGCUAUUGACAACCUUGUCGCAUCCUUCGCAUUCUCGGUUGCCCAACAGAUCCUUGCCCAAACUUCCACAAAGGCACUUCCUAUUCCGCCAUCCACCCUCACUCCUGCCGACAGUCAUGAACCAAAGUCAUCGAUCCCGGAGCUCAAGACGAUGAUGCAUCCGGCUCGAAGCUCUUCGUUGCGUGUGGGAACAAACUCAAACACGAGACAGCCGCCCAGCCCUGGCAUCUUCCCCGGUGCACCAGCAUCCAGUGGUGAAGAGACAGCACCAUCAAACGCUCACUUCCUUAAGGCUGGCUUAGAAGAACUCGCUGCGCGUCGUGCCGAGCUAUAUGCCCUCUCCAGAAACGUUUUGCAGGGCAGCGGAAAGAAGCGUGGCUGGGACAUUGGAUGGACCUCUGCGCCAGUGUUUGGGGAGAUGGAUGGCAAUGACUUCGAAGACGUCAACCUUGAAGACGAUGAUGAGACGAAGCCGGAUCCAGACGACUCAGGGUCACUCUGCAUAGGAUUGGCCGGCAUCGAAAACGGCCUACUGCACGCCGCCCUUGACAAUCGGGACGACUUCUACCGUCUUUAUGAGACUCUCACCGACAAGGCCUUGCGCCAUUACACCGUUGCAAACCAUACUCACGCUGUCAAGACCAGCAUGGCCGACCUGGCCGUAUUGAAAUACCACCUGGGCGAGUAUGGGCCUGCGGCAUCAUUUUUCUACAUGACCACGCCGUUUUUUGGAGAGAACAGCUGGAGUCUGCUGGAACUAUCAAUGCUUGUCAUGUAUUCUCGUUGUCUCAAGGAGCUUCAACGAAAGGAUGAGUUCGUCCGUGUAGGACUAAAGCUUUUGACGAAAGCAGCCGCCGCAGAGAAUGAAAAGCUGCAGCGCAAAAGGGCGCUGUCGUUGGGAGCUCGUUUGGAGGUUCAGUAUCCAGAGAAAAGCGCUAUUGCUGGUUUUCUCGACGAUGUGCUGAGUGUGGCCAAAACACUUUCCAAUGAAGUGAGAGUUCCUUUAGGUCAUCUCUUCACCCAGGUUGAAGUGGUUGGGUCUCCCGAGUACCACGAUGGAAAGGACUGCUUCUCUCUCACCAUUAAACUGCGCAGUCUGCUCAUGGACGACUUGAGCUUGGAAAAAGCCGCCAUUCGCCUGUCUAGAGCCACAUCAGAAGGCGCAAAGGAGGUUUGGCUGCACACCUUAGAAUCAAACAUUCUGAAGCCCGGUGUCAACAAAUUACGCCUCACUAGCACGACAAACGUAUCUGGGCACUAUAGAAUCGACCGCGCAGAUCUGAUAUGUAACAAGGUUGAUCUGCACUGGGAACGAGAUGUCAACCAGACACCAAGCAAGACAGCGCAAAUCUUCCGCUUGCCCGAUCUAGAACUCUACCGCCCAGCAGGUGGUUUGAGCUGCCGUCUCACGGCAGCCAGAAACAUCCAGCUCGACAAGAAUAACUCGGUCGACCUAGAGCUCUCCACGGGCUGGAAUCUCAUCAAAUCUUGCGAGCUCUCUGUGAAGCCGUUGACUGGCGGUCUGAGGAUCAUUUCCACUAAAGCAGAAUUUCUUGGACAGGCAUACGAGUAUGCAAAGCCCUUGGAAGCAGGUCUGUUUCGCUUCGGUAACAUCGAUGCAUCGUCCAUCAUGAAAAUGCGCUUUCCGUAUACUAUCGAGCAAGACGUCCCUUACAUAUCGGCCAGAGUUGAAAUGACAUACACGACAGAAGACGGCACUUAUCACUACUCCAGUGUUUUCUCUGUUCCUGUUGCGCUCGCCUUGGGUGUCAACGUACAGGACGUUUUCAAACACAAGGCACUGUUUUCCCGGUUCAGCGUCUCGACCGCCUCCUUAAGUCCACUGAGAUUGUUCAAGACAGAGCUCAUCGACUCAGAGGUCUUUGCCGCCCAUUUUGCGGCUCCAGCGAACAAGUCGGUCAUGGUGUUCCCGAGACAGCCUGCUAGCUUGCUCUACAAAAUCACCCGCAAAACUUCAGGCCCCACCACGCCCAAGACGCAGCGGACGCUCUAUCUCAAGCUUCACUACAGUGUCCUACUAGACGAAAUCGUUGCCCUUGUUGAGAAAUCCCUUUCAGAAGCUAUCCAGCCAUUGCCGAUAGCACCGUUUUCAGGCCUGCUGAUCAGCCGGGUUGUUACCGAGGUACAGUCCAGUUUAUCGGCUUAUGAUCUAGAACGCGCCGCUCUGCUGGGAGAGGUUCCGACGUCAUUUAUUUCGGCUCUCUUCUCCCGCUCUCUUUUUAAAGGCCUGGGUACAAUCCCUGGAAGCGGUGAGGAUGCCUCCGCGGCGCUGGAGCAAUUCCUCCGGGACUGGCAGUCGGCGCAUCCUAGAUUGGCCACAAAGGAGAUUGUAUCGGCGAGCCGCUCGAUUCUCAUCCCUGUCGAUGUACCCUCCAUUCCUGUCUUCCAUUCAAUCGACAUCCAGCUUCCACCCCCCGAGGAGCAACUUGCUGGCUCAACAGUUGCCGUCAAUCAACUGCUUUCUGCCAAUCUCCGGCUGCAAUGGACUAGGAUCUGGGACACGGCUGUGAGCGAUGGCAAGGGCAUCAACAAGGACUAUGAAUUCAGUUACGAUCUCACCGGCCCUGGCGAUACAUGGCUCAUUGGCGGCCGAAAGCGUGGAAACUUUAGGAGUUUAGGCGUCGGCAAGUCGGAUGCAAAGUUUGGAGAGUCCGAGCUGCACGUGCCCGUCCUCAUCGUUCCCCUGCGCGAAGGGAGGCUGCCGUACCCCAACGUUGAAAUUCGUGAGGUAAAAAAGGAAGACAAUGAGGAGACGGCCGGGCACCACGAAAUCGACUACCAAAACAUCGGCGAGACGGUACGGGUAGUGGCUGACUUGCAGCGAGUAACGUUGAGCCUGGACGCCAGCGGUCCAAGUGGUGGCCCGCUAGUACUAGAGAGCGAGCGACGGGAGUUCGAGCACCGCAUUUUACUGUAG